AUGAGCUCUUCAACACGCCCUUUCUCUCGGGAUGAAGCUACGGCCAUAUCGCCUUUGCGGAACGCCUUUGCUACAUCAUCCUCCAAACCUUUGCACAGUCCUUUCCUCACUCGACGUCCUCGUACUGGCAACGGCAACCAAUACGAUCGGCUCAACAGUCCAUCUAACGAGGGCAUGAGGCAACCGGAUGCUACUUCCACAUCCAGUAGUACUCUCGUCAACGCUGAAAGCACCUCCGACUACCGUCCUUGGGAGGUGAGAUCCGACUCCAAUAGCACUUCUCUCGACUCACUUGCACGCAGUCACGGCGGUAGAGCAACGCCGACCCUUCUUGCGCUGGACGAUAUCGGCACGCUUCCAUCCAUUCAUAUUUCGCCACUUCCCAGGCGCCCAACACCUCGCACAAACAGGGCGGCGAUAGGAUCUGCUCGGAUCAGCAACGAUUCGACGAGACCAAGCACCGACUUGAACAGCACCAGGACAUUUUCCUCGCGUCAGCUAUGCCCGGCUGACUGCCGCUGUUCUGACCAGGAUAUCGACCUUGGACUGUGUCGUCGUGUAGUGACCUCUUCGUCGUCAGGUUCUGAAUCGGGCUCCAUGUCGGUUGGAGUGCAUCAGAUGACGCCACGAGCCGCAGAUGCUAUCAUAACUUCCUCCUCCGAGCCGGCUGUUCUUGAUGCAGACAUGGAAACGCGCAAUGCUGUGGAUGUCGAACAGGCAGACCGAUCUCAAAGGUCCUUGCAUUCACAGUCUGAUGCUCGCUCACAGGCACGUGAUUUCGAAAAGCAUCCGAUCCUAAUUCCACGAUCAGUACGCCCAAGGGCGAGGGAUGGUGGUGCGCGGUCUCCCAAUUCGAGCUACCAACGCUCUUUUGACCAACUGCAAAGAGGUCUCGACACACUCGAAAGCAACGAAUCCGACGCAGACAGUGAUGCCGACCAAGCACAUGCUGUCCAAAGACGAGCAGAGUCCAUGGCACGCUGGACUGCUCGUCGCUCUUCCCUCUCACAAUCCAACGUUCAUCCCCGCUCACCUGCCUCCAACCUCGAUUCGGCUCUGCAUUCGCCUACUCUACCAAACUCCACUCCGAUCCAUUCCACAGCACGGCCUCUCGCAUCCGACUCUUCAUUAUCUCGACGCACACCCGCGUUAAAGCUUAUAGACGAUGAGAAGUCUGCGAGAUCCUUAUCUUCGAGUAGCCCACUGAAAGCCACGCCAGGCCGCAAAAGUAUCGCCGCGGUCUUCGAGUCGAUGCAAAAGGAACGAGAAGCACGUGCCGCUGAGGAGCACCGGCAGUGGCAAGAAAAGCAGGCACGUAGGGAACGCGAACGAGCUGCUCGAGCUUUCGGUGUGCCUUUGCGGCGCAGGACGUCGACCUCAAGCUCUCAGUUGGGUGGUACUGGCUCUACUUCUUUGGGACCUGAUACGCCGUUGAGCCAAGGCCAAACCACCGAAUAUCUCUCGACCUUCUCGAAAGCUUCUCCAUCUCGUUCUCCCGCCGCGAGCGUGGUUAGUGUCUCGCCCUUACUCUCCAGCCCGCGUUCGCCAAAAGUGGACGAUGGCAUCGCGACGGAAGUCCGAUCUCGACAUUUGGGAGAGGAGGCAGCGGGGAGUAUACCUGAGACGCUGGCAGAAGCUGAUGAAACUGAUGGCAAAGAUGAAGAUUUGAAAGAGGCUUCACCAUCGGAAGGGCCCUCGACCACAGUACAGCAAGGACCAGCAACAACGACACCGACAACACCUCCAACAAAGCACAUGUCCGCGUUUGGCUUUGCUUCACAGCCCAUGGCGCUUGAUGUCUCUCCCAUCCGCAGUAUUUCGGACGUUUCCAGCCCGGCCUCCUCACCGCGCAAGAACGCUCAUCGUCGGCAGAACACCAACACGGUUAGUGUCGCGGCCCGACUUCCAUCCACCUCGAUUGUUGCAGCGAGGCAGAGGCUCAACCAUGUUCUGGGUCAUAGUACCGCCGAGAUAUCUGCACCUGAUAAACAAGCGGAAGGAGGGAAUCGAGAGACCACACAGAUGCCUCACCCACAGACACCACACCCACAAACGCCAAUCGGAGGCAUCUUGUCGUCCACCAAAAAAGGCUUGGCGUCAUUGAGCGCAGCGCGACGAGGACACAGUGUCCGCUUCAGUCCGAGACCUGACUAUCGGUCCGAUUCGGGAUCCUGGGACGAAACGCAGAGUGUUAACGCCAACGACGGCGACGAGUCUCGAGAUGCGGCUGUAUCGCGUUUGGUAUUGCCGGCAAAGCAGAUCACUAUUCCCGAGAUGUUGGCGACUGCUUCUUUGCCAGUGCACGUGCCAUCUGCAAAUGAGGAAGAGCAACAAGCGUCGGAAUCCAGCGUUGAGAGCGUUGGCGAACAUGUGACAGGACCGCAAUUGCCGGUAGAAUCACCUGUCAGUCAACCGCAUACACCUGCGUCUCCGGUUGGCUUGCGCUCAGCGAACAAUUCGGUAGCAACAUCUUUUUCUCAAAGCGUUCGAUUCCCUGGAGCUUACACAGCAACACCCAUCAAGAGUUACUCGAGACACUUGAUUCGACCCAGUCCCAAGAUUGAACGCGUCCCGACGGACGUUGUGCCUGCCGCUGUACGCGCCGCACCCACUGCAGUCACGAGAGAUUUCGGGCUGUUCCCAGCUUUGGAUUUGGAUUCAGCUUCAUCGAUCCCACGUGAGUCCACACCGCCACCUUGUUCGACAGCGUCAAAAUCUUGCACACCCCAAAUGCUGCCAGCGGACGAUCCAAGAAAUUCACCGCGUUCGCCACGACGCGUCGAUCUGAGUCGUGAUCGAGUUGGCCACUCGAAUGCCGAUUCAGAUUCGUCCAACUCUUCGGCUGGAAAAGGAUCAGCAGCGAGGCAGGUCGAUGCGAACACUGGCGCAAAUGAGCAUCAACGUGGCAAGCAAGUGGAAGUAGAUGCGACCAUCAGCAAGAUCUUGGAGACGGUACAGGCGACACAUAGUUCCAAGUUGCGACGGAUGCAAUUGGGCGAUCGGCUGAAUGGGAUAGACGAGCGGAUGCGAAAGCUUGAUGUUGCAAGUGCGCAAAGUGAUAGGGGUGAGGGAUCGGUGCGGUUCGAGCCAGGUGUCGAACAGGCCAAGUCGAAGAGGGCCAGGUUGAAGGAAGAGUUUGAUAGGCAGGACGAGCAGGACCAAGGUCGAAUGGACGAGUUGAAAUCCAACGUCAUACACGCACUUGGCGUCUUGGCGGAUCGGAUCAUGCAGCUUGAAGCGAUCAACGCAUCGAGUCUUGUCGACUCUGGCACGACACGAGAUGUUGCGAGCAUCACAUCUAGGACACAUGGUCUCACUCGGAUACGCAACGGAUUGUCACGCCGAACGACCGUGUUGCUGGUUUUGCUCCAGUGUGCUAUCAUGGCGUGCUUGUUGAGUGUGGCCGAACAAAAAGCGCAGCGAAUGCGAAUGUUCAAUGCUUCGCGCCAGCUCGCGCUCCUCUAUCGCACCAGUCCCAACAUCGAAUGGAACGCCCCAGCUUCCGAUCCACACCUUGAGCCACUACUCCACAUCCCUCUGCUCCACCAACUCUACACAAGCUUCCCCCCCCUUCCUUCACCACACCCCGUGCAUCCUCAUACCUCGCCCGCAAACCCCUGGCACAACUACACCACCUACAUACACCUCAAUGGCCUCACCACCUUCAUGUUCCAGCUAGCUGUAUACGCUGUAUCCCAAUCCCUGGCUUGCGUCAUCCUCCUCAUCAUCGCCCCCCUACAAGUCGUCUGGAUCGUCUUACACAAUCCCAACGCCCCUCACCCCACUCCACCUGCUUUCCGUACCGCAUUGUAA